AUGGGGCGAUAUGGUUCCAUUAUGGCGCAUGAACUGUACCAGAGCGGUCACGACGUCCUUGCCAUAGACAUGGACGAGGCCAAGAUCCAAGAGCAGCUGGGCAAGGUCACCUAUGCAGUCCGGGCCGACGCCACCACCGAAUCGGUCCUGAGGGAACUGGAUGUUCCUGAUUAUGACGUCGUGAUCGUGGCACUGGGAAGCGAGAACAUCCAGGCCAGCGUGGGGAUUACCGUGCUUCUGAAGAGCCUCCAGGUGCCGAUGGUCAUGGCCCGGGCUGCCAACGAGUUGCACGGCGAUACACUGGAAAGGGUCGGGGCCGACCGGGUGCUUUUCCCCGAGGCCGAAAACGCCCGCCGCGUAGCCCGGCUGGAAUUUACCCUAGAGCUGAUUGACUACAUGCCGAUCCUCGCCGACUACGGCAUCAGCAAGAUCCGCCCUCUGGAUGUGAUGAUUGGUCGUACCCUGGAAGAGGCUGUGCUCUCCGGCUCAGGGGACCGCCACGAAAUUUCGGUGCUUGCCAUUCGCAGGGGCAAAGCAUCGCUGCUUCAUCCCGCGCGGAACGAGGUGAUAAUGGCUGGCGACGUCCUAAUCCUGGCGGCAACCAGCGAGCAGUUGAGCAAAUUAACUGAGACUGCGAAAAAGUUGGAGGAACCCAUCAACGGGGCAAGGUCGAGCAGACAGGGGGCGGCGCGCUCCUGA